GAAGCCGGGAAAGAUUUCGUAACCGGAAUAAAAAUGAAGGUCGAAAGAAGAAACUGAAAACAAUGACUGCUACUAGACCUGAAAACGAAGAAGAACCUGAACGGUUUUUCUUUCGAGGCGGUCAAAGAUUUCGUAACUGGGAUAGGAAUGGUGGUCGACGGAAAAAUCCUAAAAAAAUGACUGCUACUAGACCUGAUGCUGAAGAAGAACUUGAACGUUAUUUUUUUCGAGGCCGGCAAAGUUUUGGUAGCAGGAAUAAAAAUGGUGGUCGACGGAAGAAUCCUAAAAUAAUGACUGCUACUAAACCUGAUAGUGAAGAAGAACCUGAAACCUUCUUUCGAGAUCGAAAUUGGCGACACCGAUAUAAAAAUCGAAAGAUAAAACCUAAAACAAUGAGUGCAACUGGACCAGAUAGUGAAGAAGAACCUGAAGGUUUUUUAUACCGAGGUCAAAAGUGGCGAAACCGAAAUAAAAAUUUUAAUGGAAAGAAAAAACCCAAAAAUAUGACUGUCAGUAGACCUUUUUAUGACGAAGAACCUGACAUCGUUUUUUUAGGACCAGAAUUUGAUAGUCGAAAUAUAUGCAGUAAAUGUCACAAGUUGAAGAGGAAGGACCAAAAACGGAUUCAAAAAUAUUGUUCAGAUAGCCAAGCGAAACCCGAGCAAGUCGAAAGUCCUUUUCUCUUUUUUGGCAAUCAUCGAGACAUCCAAUCCCCAGAAGAACAAAGAAACAUCAGCAAUAAAAUCGAGGCAAUGGAUUAUCAAGAAAGAAAUGAAUCUGGUACCCAUCAGAAUAGUACAAGAUCUUUUUUAGGAUUUAACUUUUGGAAACACGGUCGUACAAAGGGAAAGUUGACGACGUCUUCUGAUAAAAAUAAGGAAUCAGCAAAGCAAACAAAAGAUGGUACCCAUCAGAAUAGUACGACAAGAUCUUUUUUAGGAUUUAACUUUUGGAAACACAGCCAUACAAAGGAAAAGUUGACGACGUCUUCUGACAAGGCACAUUCAAAUAAAAACAUCAAAUCAGCAAAACAAACAAAAGAUGGUACCCAUCAGAAUAGUACGACAAGAUCUUUUUUAGGAUUUAACUUUUGGAAACACGGUCGUACAAAGGGAAAGUUGACAGCGUCUUCUGACAAGGCACAUUCAGAUAAAAACAAGGAAUCAGCAAAGCAAACAAAAGAUGGUACCCAUCAGAAUAGUACGACAAGAUCUUUUUUAGGAUUUAACUUUUGGAAACACGGCCGUACAAAGGGAAAGUUGACGACGUCUUCUGACAAGGCACAUUCAACUAAAAACAACGAAUCAGCAAAACAAAUAAAAGAUGGUACCCAUCAGAAUAGUACGACAAGAUCUUUUUUAGGAUUUAACUUUUGGAAACACGGCCGUACAAAAGGAAAGUUGACGACGUCUUCUGACAAGGCACAUUCAACUAAAAACAAGGAAUCAGCAAAACAAACCAAAGGUGGUAACCAUCAGAACAGUACAAGAUCUUUUUUAGGAUUCCACUUUUGGAAACACAGCCAUACAACGCGAAAGACAACUACAGGGAAGUUGACGAAAUCUGCUGACAAGGAACACUCAAAUAAAACUAAAGAAUCAGCAAAACAAACGAAAAAUGGUACCCAUCAGAAUAGUACGAUAAGAUCUUUUUUAGGAUUUAACUUUUGGAAACACGGUCGUACAAAUGGAAAGUUGACGACGUCUUCUGACAAGGCACAUUCAAAUAAAAACAAGGAAUCAGCAAAACAAACAAAAGGUGGUAGCUCUCAGAAUGGAGUCAAAAAAUCUUUUUUAGGAUUCCCUUUUCGAAAAUCCAAUCCUACGAGUACUACAAAAAAGACCACUACCAAAAUGUUAAUCACGCCUAUUGACAAGGCACAUUCAAAUAGAAAUAAAGAAUUAGCAAAAGAAACAAAAAGUAAUCAAAAAGGACGCAGAUAUUAUUUAAGAAUUCGAUCGAAAAAUUAUAAAAAAACAUCUACCACAAUCAAGCCAGACGUUGCAACUUGCAAACACUGCUGUACAACAACCAAGAGCAAAAAUCAAGGGAAACCAUUUCCAAAUCUAAACCCAAAUAUUGAGAAACUUCAUCGAUAUAUGAACAAGGAAGUCCUUAAAAACACAAAGUUGAACAAUCAUGGUUUGUUGAAGAGGUCCCUGCACAAAUUGAGCGGGUUAAUCAAUAUCAGCACAACGGUUCACUUAAAGCACACAAAUCGACCAAAAUGGUUCAAAUCUUUUUUAAGAAGAGGAUUUAGGCAAAGGGACAAAACAAAGAAAAUCUCCCAGACUGUUACGGCACCAGCCAAUAUUACUUCAUCUACAACUCUUCCUACCACUCUGGGGAUAAAAGAAAAUAAUUCAAGCCGAAAAUAUACAUCUCAAUGUACAAUUAAUCCAGUGGAUAAAACAAAUGAGUACCUGAUAACUAUAGAUGAUGAUGAAGAGGAAUUUGAAGAAUCUGAGACCCGUCCUUGGAAAGAUGAUGACAUUUUUGAGGAAUUCCCUGAUUCUGUUAAUAAUGAAGUUAUUUUUGAGUGUAAGGAUAAUGGGCUUCAGAACAACCUGAAAGGAAAAACUGUUAUUGAGGCAGCUCAUUUAUUCACGGAUAUUGAACAAGAUGAAUGCACCAGCAGUUUGCUGAACAAAAUGAAGUUUCAAUCAAGAAAAUUUGCAGGAAUGAUUGGAGAAUAUGUUACUGAAAAAAAUCCUACAGAUGAUGAGAAAAUUUUUAUCAGGGAUUUAAAAAUUAAUAUUCUUAUAAAAAAAUGAUAGAUAAUAUUAAUUGUAUCCUUGUGUCAUGAUAAUACAAUAGAUAUAUUGUCAAAAAAAAUUUAUAUCAGUUUAAAUUAAACUAAUCUUUAUCCUAUAAUUCUCGAAUUUCAGUUGUUAUUAUAGACGGUGAACACCCAGAAAGAUCAGAUGAAAACAAUAAGAUAUUUAUCGAAACAGUUGAGUCUACUUCAGAAACAGAUCAAAACAACCAAUGGUUUAUUGAAGAAGCGAAAACUGGUUUGGAAAAAACAACUGAAGGAGAUGUUGUUAUUAUAGACGGUGAACACCCAGAACGAUCAGAUGAAAACAAUAAGAUUUUUAUCGAAACAGUUGAGUCUUCUUCAGAAACAGAUCAAAACAACCAAUGGUUUAGUGAAGAAGCGAAAACUGAUGUGGAUAAAACAACUGAAGGAGAUGUUGUUAUUAUAGACGGUGAACACCCAGAAAGAUCAAAUGAAAACAAUAAGAUAUUUAUCGAAACAGUUGAGUCUACUUCAGAAACAGAUCAAAACAACCAAUGGUUUAUUGAAGAAGCGAAAACUGAUGUGGAAAAAACAACUGAAGGAGAUGUUAUUAUAAUAGACACCAACAAUCCUGCAAAAACAAAUGCAUCAUCAAAUAACAAGAUUUUUAUAGAAAAUAUAUAUAUACAGUCCCCUCUUGAAAUGGAAGAAUGUCAUAAAUCAAACAGAGAAAAAAACGAGACAGAACCAACAACAGAGAGUGAUGUCAUCAUCAUUGAUAGUGGAAAAACAGACCUAUCAAAAGUAGAAGGAGUAAAUAAAGAUGCAAGUUUUUUAUACAGAACUGAAAAAGAUAUUGAAAGUGAAACUAAAAUCACUCGUUCAAAUGAUGAAGAUUUCAUUAUCGUAAACAGUGACACUAAAGAGAAAUCAGAAGAUUCAUCUAAAAAAUCGAUUUUAUCAGAAAAAUCAAAAUCUUUAAAGACGGAUAAAUCUAUAAAAUCGCAAGACGGAGGAAAUAAAGGUGCAGCUGAAAACAAUAGUGAUGUGCUUAAGUUAUGCAACAAAAGAGUAAAACUCCUAAAAGAAAAAUUAGAUCAAAUUCCUCAGCAUCACUUGGGAAACUACAAAACUAGCACUGAUGUAACCCAUUAUAAUAUUAAAUUAAAUGUUAUAAAAAUUAGAAUUCUUUAAAUUUAGUAAUUAUUAUGAUUUAUUAAAAAUAAAUGUUACAAUUAAUCGAAUGUUAGUAAAUCUAGGUGAAUCAUUACAGUAUAUGUUGUUAAAAAUUAAUGUUCCAUGAAGUCAUGAAAUCUUCAAAGAAAAAGAAAUUAAUUUUUCAUGAUGUAUAUUUUAAUAACCAAAUUAAUAACUUAAUCUACAUACUGAAAUGUUUGUUUGUUUAUUUGAAUUUAACAUUGUGUAUGUACUCCUACUAGAAUGGGUUAUUGUGUAUUAAUCAAUCUAUUCUGUCCUAAGUGAGAAGGUAGAAAUUUGUUCCAUAGAACUGCUACAAAAUAAAUUUCAAUAUGCUUGGGCUAAAUUCAAGCUGACAUCACUUAAAUAAUUAAAAUAUUUGACAUGAUUGUAAUAAUAUCUGUUUUCUGUUUUAGAAUUGAAAACUUGCUCAAAUACAAAAGAAUUGAUGCUAAGCAAAUUACAUAAAAUAUCAAUACCCAACUUUAGGACAGUUAAAGGAGAUAUUGAUGGUGAGUUCUGGCUGUAUAAUAAAUUUAGCUUAAUUAGUUGAUCGUUAAAUAGGUUGGAUACAGUAAAAAAAUUAAUAAAUUAAUAAAAUCUUUCUAAUUAACUCAGUAAUAAAAUUUUUAAACUGUUUUAGCCCUGAAAACAUUGCUUAAUGAUACAAAAUCAUUAAGACAUAAAUCACAUAAUACAUCAAAUCCUGAUUUAAGAUUAGCUAUAACUGAUGAUGGCGUUAUGAUCAUAAACAGCAGGAUAACACCCAGAACUAAAACACAUAAAUCCUACAAAAACUUUUUUUUGGAUUCAUCAAAAGGAAAAGCCAAGAAAGGAUCAUUUAGCUUUCUAGUGAAAGAUAAAAACCAAAUGAAUGCAUACAGAAAAUUUAAAAUCAGAAAAAAUAGAAAGAAAUUUGUACCAAAUGUUCAAAAUAAAAGUGGAGUGGGGGUCGUACCAACCAUUAUUUUGAUGAAGAAUGGUAAUUCUUUGAAAAUUAACGAAUCAAAUAAAAUCAAAUUUUUAGGAAAACUCAGUUCCUCUUUAAAAAUAGACAAAAAUAAAAACCAUAAAUCAAAUAAGCAGAAUAAAAGUGGAAAGGGGAUUGAUACAAACAGAGGCAACAACUUUAAAACAAAAAUAUUACAUAUUUUACAUAUACCUGAAAAAAAUUCCAUGAUAACCACAACAAAUGACUACCAAAAAUUUAUUAUAAUUAAUAAUGCUGUUACACCAAGAUUAGAUGAAUUCAAUGGUCCUCAUAAAGUUUUUUUAGAAUCAAUGAAAAAGAAAGAAAGGAAAAAAUUCAAAUUCCCAUUGAAGAAUCAAAACUCAAAAAACCGAUUCAAAAAACUUAAAAAGAAAAACAAGUUAAAAUCAAAAAUACAGAAGAAAAUCCUACCAGGAAUUCAUCUAGACAAUGAGCACAAUUCCAUUUCUAAGCUGAACAAGUCUAUUCUACACUAUAAAGAGCCAUUGAAAAAAGUAUUGAAGAUAAAAAACUCAAGCUUAGCAACUGAAAUAAUAAAAGUCCUUACAGGUAAACCUAAUAUAUCUAUGAAUAGUGGUGUUGGGAUCAAAAACGUUACUUUAGGAAAGAAUAGGCAGAAAAAAACAAAAGUAAAGAAUAUUACUUCAUCCCCAGUGAGUGAGCAAGUCAAUAAACCAAAGGAUAUUGGUCUUGCUGGCAAUACCUUAAAAGCUCUGAAAGACAUCAUGAAAUUUGUAAAAGUAUUCUUGAAUUUAAGGUCGAAGAAUGUUACAAGAAAAAUAGAGAAUCCUUCUUUAUUGCAUAAGCAAAAGAAGAAAACAGAAGCUCUUGAUCUUCUUCAAAAUAACAUAGAUUCAGUUGGGGUAACCUCACCUAUAAAAGAAGUAUUGAAUAAUUCAAAAUCAAAAAAUCAAGCACUAGAAAAGAAAAGUAAUUUCAAUGUGCAUAAAAAUAAAAAUGGAUCUGAGUAUGUUGGUUUUCUACAAAAUAAAACAGAUGCAGUGGGCAUAAUCUCACACAAAAAAGAAGCACUGAACAGUUCAAAAUCAAGAAAUCAUUCAAUAAAAAAGACUUUGGACAGACAAAUUAUGGUUCCAGAGGAUAAUGGUCUUAAAAACAAAACAUUACCCUUCGUGGAUGAUAUACGCAAUAAAAUAAUAUUAAAAAGUGAGAAAUCCACAAAACCAACUGUGAAACAUAAUUAUACUUCUUUUAUACAUGGUCCAUUCUUAAAACCUAAGGGUUUUGCUAUGGAAAAUAAUGACAGCCAUGGUCCUGGUAAUAAAUCUAAAACUGUGGAUUUAUUGAAAAUUAUGAAUACAACUAGCAAAAGAGUUGUUCUUAAUGUCAUAAAUAAAACAAUUUACGGCUAUAACCAAAGUCAAGCCAACAAGUCGAAAAACUAUCUGAAAGAUUUUGUUAUUCUCCUUCUUCAGCAUUUUAUAGGAAAAAUGUUUGUUAACAUUCCUAAAAAACCAUCGAACUUUACAAAAGUAGGUGUAAACCUUAAUAACCCUGAAAUGAAGGAAAAUCCUAAUGAUUGGGUGGAAGAAUUUCAUAAUGUGAGCUAUAAGAUGUAUUAUAACCCAGAAACCCUCACAGAUUUUUAUAAAGAUGCUCCUAAAGAAAAAUCAUUAUCCAGCGUUAAUCUGAACCCUGGAGGGCAGUUAUUAAAUAUUGCUUAUAAGGUAGAAAAUCUUUUAAACGCUUUAAGCUCGUUUGAAAAUGCCAAUAAACCUGAUGAAGCCAUAAACAAUAAUAUAAAUGGCCCAAAAAGUGCUUACCACAAUCCAAAAAAACGGACCGGGAUGAGUAAAGCAAUUCAUCAACUAAAAGAGGAUAUAGAAGAAUUAGAUGAUGUAUUAUUUCAUAACAAGUCCGAAGAAACUAUAGAAUUUUCACUUGAAUCUAAUCAAUCGGAACCUAAAUCGAGUUCUUUCGAGCCUGCUAUAAAUGAAAGCUAUGAUCUGAGUAGGGACACAAGACAGAUCUCAGUAAGUGGUGUGCAGAAAAGAGGCGGUCAAAGCUGCGUAGAUCGCUACAUACCAAUCUGGGCUAAUCCUUUCACUUACCAUGAAAGUGCACAUUGCUUGCGGUUUAGCGACCUAUGGUAUUCUGUAUAUAGGUUGAAAGAUCCUUUCAUAUACCACAGUGUUUAUUUCGAAGUUUUCGAAAAAAACUGUAAAACAUAUGAGAACAGUUGGAAACUCUCAACUGGAGGAGAUAUCGUUCAGAUCGGAACAUUCCAUCGCAAGUCAAUCGAUGAGGGUCCCAGCAUUGUGUUUACCUACACUCCAUUUUCUGCUACCAACAACAAGUAUUUUUGCUUUGACCCAUUACUCCACCAGAUAAUGGUCCCGAGGAUUGUACCACGCGCAAUAAUUGACAAAUAUCCUCAAGUUGAUGAGGGUCCUGGAAGGUAUUUACUUGUGAGCCCCAGUGGAAUUUCACAUGAUGGGGAAGAUUGUGAUAAAGCAGGUGUUGGGUACUCGGCAUUUGCAAGUCAGCCAGACAGAUGCAACAAACCAGCAGGAAGCUGCCUGCUCAACCAACCUCUUGAUUUUUGGCAGCAUGAUACUGAUGCUCUUGCACACAAUAAAUCAGGAAAUUAUUUCCUGGAUAAUUUCGCUGCCGUGGAAGACAGCUCGGUUAAGGUUGCUGAAGGAAAGCAGUUUCUGACUGUUGGUUAUUCAGGGCACUACACGAGCGUCGUUGAGAUUGAAAUGCGUAUAGAUGACAAUAUUGUUAUCAGAAACGAAAGCCCGGCAUUAAUACAUGAGGUUCUCAUUGAUUCCACUUGUGAACACCAGACAAAAAUUACUAUAAAAGUUACAAAUGCUGGUUAUGUAUCUACCGCCUACAGACCGAAAAUAACCAACUGCCCAGUAAAUGUACCAAAUAUUUGGUACGAUAACGAAGGUCCCCUAGUGUACAUAGCGCCCUUCAGGGUCCAUGUCUUCAGGGUUACCUUAUAUGGGACGUCAAGACCGUCAAGGUUUCAUUGUUCAGUCGAGAUUAUGAAUAAUCGAAGUGAAACCUUAGCGGUAAGGAGAAUACGAAUUCAGAAAUAUGACCGCUGUUUUUGCGUCUGGCAUUGUCUUUGUAGUUGCGCCGCCUCUUCACAAAAGUUUGGCUGUCAUCCAAUGUCAAUUGACCAUUACCAUGCCGCAGGUUUUGUGGGAAGCGUGCCCGAAACAGAUGUCUUAGUAAGCAAACAGAUAUCGAAGACACAUUAUAGAGAAAACUUUGCUCGUGCUGUGGUUGUCGCCUUCUAUAUCUACAUAAUACUGAUAUUUUUCGGGUUGAUCAAGGCAAUUUAUGGGAGCUUGUGUUAUCGGCGGUUAGCUCUGAUGCACUUGCACAUGUUGUGCCCUCGCUUUUACCAAUCAGCUAGGCUAAUGCCUGCGGUAUGUCCUUGUAGAAGGGAAGUAAUAAGACCAAACAGCGCUUGUUCAGUUUCCUCUGAUGGAAGUGAAGUAGCAGAUCCACAAAGUAAAAGACCAGCAACUGUUCUGAUGCUGGAAUUUUUUUAUAACACGAUAUGCUACGUUUGCAUCAUAGGCCUGUACAUAUUUAUAGCAUUGGUAAAAUCUAUGAAAUGCUGCAUAUUUCUCUGUAUACCCGAGAGAAGAAAGGAUCGUAGAACAUUGUACGACACGAGGAGUUUCGAAUCACAAUUUUCCGAUGUGAUAGAAGAACAUGAAAGAAGAGGAACUCUUAGUACAGAAGAAUUCUUUCGGAAAUGUGAGGCAAUAAAGAAUAAACAUAUGCCAUAUAUGCUCCGAAAUAGAAACAAAAGGACUAGGAAGGAAUUGCUUGAUGAAAUCCGGGAAGAAUUUCUGGACAUAUACCGGAAUGCAGAUAUCUACCCAAACACCAAGCCAAAGCAAUUCCCUUCCUAUGAUAAGGAAAUGGGAGCUAAUCAAAGUACUUUCUCGGCGCCUCAUUAUCUUUACGCUAAAAAAACAAAAAAAAGCAUAAACGUUACGGAGUUCCAAUCAGUCAUUGCAAAUACUGUUCAUAAAGCUGAGAAAACGAAUCCAAUAACAAAGAAAGGUGCAAACCAAAGAAAUAAGGAACAGUAUAAUGUUAAAGCAAAGAAGUCUGUUGGAACUCUAAAACGAAGUAUAUUCUCAACUAGGAGCUCUUAUAGCCUAUCUAACACAUUACCUGAAAAUAAAAUUAGCAUGCUCCAUUUAGAAUGA